AUGCGUCAUUUGCGAGGCUCUGGAGGCUAUCCGCGUGAUCAUAGAGUGUCUUCUCGUCCGUGCUGCUUUUCUCAACCCAGGGGUUUAAUACCAAGACAUUUAGGGAUUUGGUAUCCUCGACCAUCACUUUCUCGACCACCUGGAAUAAGCCAAGAUGUUCGACUAGGUAACUUUCCCGGUUUUCCUCGUCUACCAGUACUAACACAGCUGUCUGUGCGGCCUCAACAUUCAAGUCGGAUUCGAUCGAAAAGAGAGCAACCGUUUGGUCGAAGUCGGUUUCUUCACAGGCGGAAACAAAGUGUUCCGGCCUCAAAGAGUGUUCUGAACCCAAGUGACCCUUUGAACCUGCAUGAUCUUAUGAAGGAAACGGAGCGUCGUCGAGUGGAAGGUUUGUCUCCCUUACGCGGUGACUCACGAAUGAAUACACCUGCAGUAAGUGUAGCAGGUGACUUUGAUUGCGGUAGUCCUCAAAACCAGACGCUGCAGCUGUCAGAUGCAUCUAAAGCUCCAGCAUCUCCUCUGCUGAACACUCGAAAGUCAGAAUUUUCCUCGAAAGGACAUAUUCAUCGUCUGCUUCGUAGACGUCCUGUUCGGAGUUCGAAAUUCUAUACUGUUAGCCGUCGUACCAGAGGAUUUGUCCCUACAACAGGGAACUAUGUUGAUUAUUACCUUCGUCGUGAUCCAAAUGAUAGAAUUCCCUAUUUAAUGCCUGAAUGGUUUGUGGGUAAGGAUGUAGCAGACUAUGGAUGUCACAAUGGGACUCUAACGUUUAGUGUACUUGAAAGGUUUCCAGAUGUUGCAAAAAUUGACGCCUUUGACUGUGAUGCAGAAUUAAUAGCUAAUGCUCAGAGUAUGCAAAGGGAGAGAUUACGAUGGGAUACCGGGUCGAAUGUGAGGUAUGAAAAAAUCAACUUCCAAGUAGCAAAUUGGAUUGAUGAAUCUACUGCAAACGAUGAACCUGAGUAUGAUACAAUAAUGGCUUUCAGUGUUACAAAAUGGAUUCAUUUAAACCAUGGUGAUCCUGGUUUAAUGCGAUUCUUCAGACGCGCCUUCAAUCGCCUUAAACCUGGUGGACACUUAAUUCUAGAACCACAACCUAAAUCUUCCUACAAAAGAACACGGUUGACGGCUAAACACAGGUCUAUAUAUGAAUCUCUAAAAAUCAAUCCAUCAAAUCUGGAACCCUUAUUGGUUGACUUGGGUUUCUCUUACUUUGAUACUAUCAAGGCACCUAGACCUAAUGAACCAUUUCGGCGGAAAAUUAUUUUAUGUUCAAAAUCUUAUGGUGCGACUCCUGCUUCUAUCCGAAAUGAUCUUCGGUCUGAAGUACAGAAUUGGGAAGCUUUUAAUUCACCGCAUAGUCCACAUGGACGUGAACCUCCACCGGUGUGUUAUCAUCCUCAAACACCUAUCUACACCAUUGAUACUCCUCCUGUUACAAACAGGAGUUCUCCUGGCAAUAGAACUGCAGGUGUUUCUAGUACAGUUUUAAGUCCAUCUGUUACUUCUAAUGUUUCUCCACCCGUUGAAAGCGUCAGCUCAUUACCAACUCCUAACUGUGAACCUGAUUCAACUUCAGCGUGA